AUGUCUACGGCGUUAAUUUUGGGCGCUUCGGGUGCCACCGGCAAACCUCUUCUUCGUAACAUUUUGCAAUCUGAAAGAUUUGCAAAAGUAAUUUCUGUUGGACGUAAAGAGAUAGCAUAUGAUGGGCCGAAUAAAGAAAAAUUGGAACAAAAAUUAGUGGAUUUUGAAAAUUUAGAGCAGCAUAAAGAAGCAUUUGUGGGUUACGAUGUUGUAUUCUGUACAUUAGGUACUACACGUGCAAAUGCUGGUUCAGCUGAACGUUUUGUGGCCAUCGACAAAGGCUAUGUAAUAAACUCUGCAAAAUUAAUACGCGCACAAAAUCCCAAUCGACCAAUCCAUUAUCUUUAUUGCUCUUCGGGUGGCGCAAACGCUAAUUCCAUGAUACUAUACAGUCGAACAAAAGGUGAAAUAGAAAAAGAAUUGGGAGAAAUCGGGUUUUCUCGCGUUUCUAUCUUUCAACCAGGUUUUUUAGAAGUUAAUGAAAAACGUGCCGACCGUGGAUUGAUUCAUAAUAUAACUCUGGGUGUGGCUAUCGGUGCCAUGAAAUUGUUUAGAAUGAAAUAUUAUAUAAAUGUCGAGACUCUUGCUACAGCGAUACAUAGAUGGGGAAUCGGUGAAACUAAAGGAGUUACAGUCGAGUCAAAGACUUUAGAGAAUGGCACUCAGUUCGAAAUUUUGACGCAGAACCAUCUUUAUCAAUUAGCGGAAUAA